CCUUGUACAGGGACCCGCAGUUGCUACUGUACACGAACCCCAAGUCUAACCGUCUGUCCUGUCCAGUAACAAGUGAUAACCAUAUGACAUUGAUAUCGACUGCCCGUCCCUGUACAAGCAGCAGCUGAGGUUUUCUGUGCGUGCCGCCUCUGACAGCUUACCGUUGUUCCCUGUGAGGGUGCUGGGACAAUAUACUCAGGGUCGCUGUACAGAAGCAACUGCGGGUCCCGGGCCGUCCCCGUACCAAGCCGCUGACUCUCGGAGCCCCAGGGGAGGAUUUUUGCCCAGAGGUCGUAGAAAUCACGAUAAGUUGGCCUCAAGGAGGAUCUUUGGUGACCUGUGUUCGAUAUCAACUCAAGGGUGGUAGGUAAAUAGUGCCGGAUAUAAACAUGUGAAACGCCGUCUGCCCGUCUCCAAUCAAUGCAUGGAAUCGGUAGUGAUGCGUCGGCGAAUAUUGCCAUAUGGACGGAUGACGUGAGUGGUGGCCAGAGAGUCAACUUAUAUGCGCGGCCGGGCAUCGGGCUGCGCCGUAGAUAUUAUCAUUUUCAGGACGAAAAUGUCAUGAUAAAAGUAUACAACAUGCGUGUUUCAUGUAAAAAGUGAGCAGCGCAGCACACCAGCCCAGUCGAUGAAAUGCGUCACUUUAUGCACAAAAUGCUUUCGGAACAGAUGAAACGCAGGUGACGAAUGGACAAAAUGUCCUAUGAAUGCGUUGUUUUGCCGUUAGCUGUGCUAUACAUCGCAGAAACCGCCGCAAAACUAAAUGCGCGAGCUGGCCUAUUAGUCACGUCUAAUUAAGACGGUACCGGUUCGCCAGCCGCCAGGCCGCGGCUCUGUGCUGGACGGCGCUGAGCUGAUAGGUUGGCCGGGGUGGACCGACUGCGAGCUGCUCUCCGAGACGGCCGGCGACCGGUGGAGCAGUGUGGGCGCCCUGGCCUCGGGCGCGGCGCCUCGCCCGGCGGGCGGCGCACACUGAGACGGCGCCAGACAAACGGUCACGGCCGACGGCGCGCGGCGGCCGCUCAGACCCGACGACCCGGCCCACCAACACAGCAGAAUACUGGAUAUCACCAUGGACGACUACGAAUCGCUGAGGCGGCUCAGCGAAGCAGGUGUUGCGCGGCGAUUCUCGACAGACACUGUGUUGACACGGGACACGGACAGCUUCAUGGUGGGCGAGCUGGUGUUUGUCGGCGGAACGCUGCCCGGCAAGAUCGCCUACAUUGGCGAGACAAAGUUUGGUGGCGGCGACUGGGCCGGUGUCGUGCUCGAGAAACCCUUCGGAAAACACGACGGCACCGUGGGUGGUCACCAGUACUUCCAGUGCGAGCCGCGGCACGGCGUGUUCUCGCGGCUGACCCGUCUCAGCCGGGAGCCGCUGGGCUCGCCGCCGCCCGAGUGGCACGCCUCCUCCACCUCCGCCGGCGGCGGGUCCCCCUCCCGGCGCAGCUCACAGGCCUCGGCAGACGGCGGCGCCGACUCACGGCCCGGCUCGCGGCGCACCUCUCGCUCCAGCCCGGUGGCCACCCUGCCCACCGGCGCGCGCCGCAGCUCCAGCCCGGCCAAGGCGCCGCCGUCUCCGGCGCGGCGCAGCUCCAGCCCCAGCUUCACAGUGCCGACGGCGGCGCGGUGCGGGGACCGGGUCUCUGUGAGCAGCAGCGUCAUCGGCCGUCGGCUCGGCACCGUCCGCUACGUCGGCCACGCCGAGUUCGCCGACGGCGUCUGGGUCGGCAUCCAGCUGGACGAGCCGCGCGGCAGGAACGACGGCAGCGUCGCCGGCAAGAGGUACUUUGAAUGUGAGCCAGACUACGGGCUGUUCGCGCCGCUGAACAGGGUGACGGUCGUGCAGCGGCGCAUCUCGGCGAGUCGCGACCACGUCGGUGCCGACGUGGAUGGCUUCUACUGAGCUCGACUACCUCGGCUGGCGUCUGCUGGAGCCGCUGCCGCCGCGUCAGUGCCCUCCGAAGAUGGACGUCCUCAGAUAGAUGUCUGGUCAACUCAAGCGAUCCUUGUCACGAAGAGAUGACAAGUGCGACUUUUCGAGUGGCGAUGACUGCGGUUGUCUGUCCGAUGGUCUGGACUUGAUGCAGGCCACAGACAUAACAAAUGCCAGGGCGCAGUGUCCUGCACAUGUUAGAGAAGGGGUAAAUCGCCUAUAGUCAUCCUAACCUGAGGUCAAGUUUUCUCUAAUGUUUUAAAGAUCGGCGAUGCGUAUCGCCGCAAUCAUCACCUAUUACGCAGCCAAAUAAAACGUACCACGCUGUAUAUUGUGCAGUAUUUAUAACAGUAUUACACAGAUUGUGAAAAUAUGGAUUACCUAUCUAAUGGCUAUCUGCUCCAUGAUGUCCAAGGUCAGGAUAACUGCUCAUGAUAUUUCAAUGACCUUGCCCAUAAAAAAAUACAAUUGCGCAUUCGAUACGGUGCCUC